AUGAUCAAUAACGUAUACGGGCUGUUGAGAAUGCCUCGCUCUCUGGCUUGCGAUUCCCCUUUGGUCCCUCCGUUCUCGGCCGGUAGUCUCAACCUUCCUCCACCUCUCCCACCUGAUCCUCCAGACCCACAUUCCUCAUCCAUCCUCCCUUCUCUUACCUCUGCUCACAAAAACUCUUCUUCUAUCCCUUUUUCUCCUUCUGCUCCCUGCUUAGGUUCUAAGCAAACUAUUGUUGCUGCUCUUUGCCGAGCAAUUGCUGCUCCUACUACUCUCUCUACCUCUCAGCUUCUUGCAAAUUACAUCUGCCUCCCUUCAAACUUCUCUCAGAUUGAUUCCAGUUCUAGAUCUGGAAAUUCCACAGCUGCAAAAACAACUACAGUGCCAAACCCUAACACUAUUCACUUAGCCUCUGUUAUUCCAAAUUCAUACCCAAAUCUUCCUAUAAACUACCUUUCGAAUCCUCCCUUACUCAAUCGUAGUGGAUUACUUGGCUCUUCUCCUCUAUUGGCCAGUCAAGAAAUUCUCCCCGAUCAACUGUCAGGGUAUGUUGUCUUACCUGGCUCUCAAGGCCCUAAGCUAGCCAAUGUGGCUCCUUCUCAACCUCCUGUAACAUCCCAGCCUAGGCCAAAAGAGCCUUCCUGGGCUCAAAGAGUUAAACCUCCUAUUGACAAAUCUCUGAAGAGAUUAUCCCCUCAAACCGUCACUGACUCGGGUAUCCCUAGAGUUAAAAUUCCGGACUCAGUCUUCCAGAUAGGAGCAGAGCUUCAUAAAGACUUUGUCACAUGUCGGUUCUUGGGAAGAACUCCUCACUUCAGCUUGAUCCAAAGUGUGUUAAAUUAUAUGUGGGGAAAAGGAAAGCAUCUGGAAAUCCACUCUUCUCUUGCUUCAAACUCUGUCCUGGUUAGAAUUCAAAAUGAUUAUAUUAGGAAAAAGGUUCUUGAGAAAAAAAUUUGCUGCAAAGAAACUGGUCACCUAAUGAGGAACUGUCCAAAGCCUGRUCAAUGGACGCCGGUUGUCAGUAAGAAUAAAAAGAAGACUAAAGAUUCAAACUCAACUACCGCGGCUAUUGAUGAUCCUUCUACGGUUCUUCAGGAUUCUAGUGUUCCCCCAGAGAUUGUGCAGCCUGAACCYAACUKGCCUAUUGUGGAGCCUCUUGUUGCGGUUUCUCCAGGCUUGGACCAACAACCCUCUAUAGUGGUUCCAGAUACUGAAGUGGUUGAUAGCAUGGAAAUUGAGUCCAGCUCUCCURAAGCAUCCCCUGGGCCUACUUCCUCCCCUGGAUCCCCCAUGGAUGUUAUUCAAAAUUGUGUGCUGGGUCUUGGUGCUGCUUUCCACUCGAGACAAGUGGUUGUGAUUCCCCCAACCCCUGGCCCUGUUAUACCUACCAUAAAUCUCAACCCUAAACAGUUUAACCCCUUCAAACCUUCUAGCCACCAAAAGAAACCGCCAACCCCUCUAAUCCCUCCAACAAACUCACCCACUAUCUCACCACCCAUAAUCUCACCACAAAUACCUCCACCAACAUACCUUCAAAUGGCAAAGCAAAAAAAAACUCCUAGAAAACCAUUGCCCUCUUCUGAAGCUGGAGGAGGCUCCUCCCAAAUCRCAAUGAAUCCCAAGACCUUUUUUUGGAAUGUCCGUGGCCUAAAUGACCCGGACAAGCAUCAACCUUUUGCUCAAUGGCUGAAUWCUUACCAGCCUCUCAUUGGUGCUGUUUUGGAAACACAUAUCAAGAAACAAAAUUUGAAUCAUGUUAUGAUGAGAGCAUGUCCUGGCUGGAACUUUACCUCGAACCAUGACARUGAUGCUGAUGGUAGGAUCAUUCUGAUCUGGAAGGACCUUUGCUCUGUCCAAGUCCUUCACCAAUCAAAACAAUCUCUGACGUCCUCUGUUGCUCUUCCUGGGGGCUUCAAGUUCACUUUCACGGCUGUCUAUGCUUCAAAUACAAGAGAGGAAAGGGUGCCGRUGUGGGAGGAACUCUUGGAACUUCAGCAAACUCUGUUCUUGGAAAACACAAGUUGGUUAAUCGGUGGGGACCUAAAUCAAAUCAUGCACUUUGCUGAGCACUCAAAAGCCUCYGUUAAUCACUUAUCUGAUGAUAUGAUUGAGCUGAAGGACAUUAUGUUGAACCUGGGUAUGGAUGACAUGCGUUACCAGGGGUGCUCUCAUACCUGGACUAACAAAAGGCCAGAGGAUCCUAUCACAAAGAAGCUGGAUAGAGCCUUAGUAAAUGAGAAUUGGAUUGUCACUUACCCUAAAAGUGUUGCCACUUUCCUCCCCUUUUCCUUCUCUGACCAUACUCCUUGCUUAAUUGAUCUUGCUUGCCCUUUACCUUCCUCUGGGUCUAAGCCUUACAAAUUUCAGAACUAUCUUACCAAACACCCUACUUUCCUUACAUGUGUUGAGGCUGCUUGGGACCUCUGUGGAAUUCGAGCUAGUGAUCUYGCUACUAUGGGGUUCAAGCUGAAACAAAUAAAAAGUGCUCUUAAAGCACUAAYUCAAGAGAGUUUCUCAGAAAUUGAAAAGAGAGUGAGAGUGACUAACGCUGUUUUACUAGUUUUGCAGGAACAGGCGAUCCAAAAUCCUUCCCCAGAAACCUUCCAAGCUGAAAAAGAAAUGCAUGAGAGAUGGAUCUUUCUGAGAGGGAUUGAAGAAUCUUUCUUCAAGCAAAAAUCGAGAAUAAACUGGCUUAAAGAAGGGGACCAGAACACUACAUUCUACCAAAAAGUGGUUAUUGCUAGGUCUGCCUGCAAUGCAAUAAGAUCACUAACCGCUUCCAACGGCCAAACAAUCUCUGAUCCAGAUGGAAUGAAUGACUUACUGAUUUUUACUGAUGGCUCAGUUGAUUCGGUUACUAGUGUACUANAAGUUCUAAAGGACUUUGAAGAAAGGUCAGGGCUGGCUAUUAGCAUGCAGAAGACGAGUAUAUUCACUGCUGGUCUAAGACAAGAUGAGGUGGACAUGAUCACAACAAUAACUAAACUUGUUCCUGCUAGCCUACCAAUUCGNUAUCUGGGUGUUCCAUUGUGCACGAAAAAGAUCACUCUCCUCCAAUGUGCUGCACUUAUUCAGUCAAUUAAAUCAAAGCUUCANUCGUGGACGGUCAGAUCCCUUUCCUUUGCUGGUANGCUCUUGCUUAUUAACACGGUCAUCGCAGGGAUCACAAAUUUUUGGACAAGCUCCUUUAUUCUCCCAACGGGUUGUCUCUCNGAAAUCAACUCUUUGUGCUCGAGAUUCCUGUGGAAGGNGAAAACGGAGGGUCAAUCUACAGCAAAGGUUGCUUGGAACACACUAUCCUAUAGCAAGGAGGAAGGAGGGUUAGGAAUCAAGAACUUAGCUGCUUGGAACUCGGCAUGUGCUAUAAAGCUAAUUUGGAUGUUGUUCUUUCUUCCUCGGUCUAUAUGGGGAAAUUGGUACAUCAUGGAGGUCUUAGAGGGGAAUCUUAACAACUUNUGGGUCAUAAACACAAAAAGGAAACAUUCAUGGCUUGCAAAUGAACUGCUACAACUAAGGGAUAAGGUGUACCAGUGGAUCAGAAUGAAGGUGGGAAAUGGUGAAAGAUGCUAUUUUUGGUCCAGCAACUGGUCAUCCUUAGGUAACAUCAAGCAGCUCAUAUCUGGUGAAGGCUCUGGCUCCAUGGGCAUUCCCCAGGACUCUACUCUGACGGAGCUGUGGGAAACUGAAGGAUGGGUUUUACCUCCUGCAAGAUCAGAAGCACAAAUCAGAAUCCACACAGCUCUCUCUUCAAUUAUCAUUACGCAAAGUGAAGAUGUUUAUGAAUGGUGGCCAAAUGGCAUGAAGNGAGCAACCUACUNUACAAGCGAAAUAUACAAUUUGGUAAAGAGCCAUAAACCUCUGGUUUCUUGGUCAAGAGAGCUGGGAAAUCUGGAAGGAAUCGGCAAGAAGAUGCGUCCUUCUUCCACAGCGAAAUUGGGACAUGAUCCUACAACAAUUAAGAUGUUACAAAUCUCCCAAUCCAUCACGUAA